CUGUGGGCCCCAAUGCAAGAGGAACCCUAGACAUACAUUCAAACUCGCCUCCCAACUAGCAUGCACCCCCAACCCCACUCGUGCGAGCACGCCUCCUCCCUCCUGCUAAAGCAGCACAACCGGCGCGUGUGUACACUCGCACCAACUCAACUGUACUCCCCGCCAUGGGAAAGGGCCACUGACACACGCGGAACUCUUCCCUUCUUUUGUGUCGUUAUUGGAUUUUUGUUUUCUUGCAGGCGGCUUUAACCCCACCCACCCACCCACCUCUCCGCCGUCCUUUCCUGCGUGAACCUCGUACAUGGGGCGAAGGGGCAGUCCCCUGCCACGUUGGCCUGACGGUGUCAGGGGGUGUCCUGCAAGUUUCCGCCGCUGCCGCGUGCCAUGCAGGAGAGCUGGGGGUGCCACGCGCCCAAGGGGCCCAGCUGUGCGCGCGCGCGGCCACCGCUGCUGCCACCACUGCUGCCACCACUGCUGUUGCUGCUUUGCCUCCGCACGUGGUGUGCGCCGCUCGGAGAAUUUACAUUCCCAGACCAACGUCAAGAACGUUUCUUAAGAAGUCUACAAGACUUCCAAGUGGUGUACCCCUCGCGAGUCGACGGUUCAUUGCGCUUCUUGUCGCACGACCUGCUUUACCACGAGCCCCUCCAUCAACGUGACCGGUGGCAGGUGCCAGCGGACGCCUCAUUGCACUACGUAUUCGAGCACGAUGGCAGGCAGCUACACUUGAACGUGACACUCAACAGUGGCCUGUUGUCGGCCGGGUACGUGCUGGAGCGACAGCAGGGUAAGACCCACCGCCAGGGCUCCAGAAACACGUGCCACCACACUGGAGACAUCCUGGAGGGAGCGGCUGUCCGAGGAGCUGUUGCUGUCAGCACAUGUAAUAGUUUGACUGGGGUUCUUUCUUUCUCCCAUGGAGAGCACUACUUUAUAGAACCAGUCCGUGGUGUCGUCAGAACAGAGGGAUCUCCACAACCACACGUAGUCUACAAGCGUGACCCAGCAAGUGGCCAUCACGUCAUCUCCAAACGUCACGCCCUCGUGCACCCUUCACCUUCAGGCGCGGCGAUUCCUGGAAAUUCCACCUCAACAAAGGGAGCGUCGUGUGGCGUGACGGAUGCCCCAGGGCACGCGCAGAGUGUGGAAAGGCAGCGGGAGAGGUGGCAGCGGAGGCACGGGCCUCGUCGAAGAAUCGCCCAGAGGUCCACAAGCACGGAGCGCUGGGUGGAGACAUUGGUGGUGGUGGAUCCCAAGAUGGUGCAGUACCAUGGAAGGGACAACAUCGAAAAUUACAUCUUUUCCAUCAUAAACAUGGUGUCUGGAUUAUAUCACGAUGCGAGCAUUGGGAACCCAAUAAACAUUGUUCUGGUCCGACUUAUCAUUUUGGAAGAAGACCAAGAAGGUUUAAAGAUCGUGCACCAUGCUGACAAGACUCUGGCCAGCUUCUGUAAGUGGCAGAAGAGCCUCAACUCCAGGCAGGAAGAGUCCAACGCAACUCGGCACGAUAUUGCAGUGCUUGUGACUCGAAAGGACCUGUGCGUUGGGAUGAAUCGGCCGUGCGAGACCCUGGGACUGUCCCACGUGUCGGGCAUGUGCCAGCCACACCGCAGCUGCAACAUCAACGAGGACACAGGUCUCCCUCUGGCCUUCACCGUGGCUCAUGAGAUGGGGCACAGCUUUGGGAUUCAGCACGACGGGCAAGGCAACGACUGUGAGCCGGUGGGCAAGCGUCCAUUCAUCAUGUCCCCGCAGUUACUGUACGACACCAGCCCCCUGACGUGGUCACGCUGCAGCAAGGAGUACAUCACCCGUUUCCUUGACCGAGGCUGGGGAUUCUGCCUGGAUGAUGGCCCAGCAAAGCCUCAUGACUUGUCCGUGCCAUCCCUGCCUCCCGGGAGCCUCUACGAUGUCAACCAGCAGUGCCGGCUGCAGUAUGGGCCGGACUCACGCUUCUGCGAUGGAGUGGACGACGUGUGUCGCACGCUGUGGUGCACCGUGGGAUCUACCUGUCACUCCAAGAUGGACGCUGCAGUCGAGGGGACCAAGUGUGGCGAGGAUAAGUGGUGCUUCCAUGGCGAGUGCGUGACCGUAGCUCAACGCUCGGGCUCCGUAAACGGCGACUGGGGAGCGUGGAGCUCGUGGUCGCACUGCACGCGCACAUGUGGCGUGGGCGUGCAGUCAGCUCUCCGCAAGUGCAACAACCCCACGCCUCGCUUCGGCGGACGAUACUGCGUGGGCGAGCGCAAGCGCUACCGGACGUGCAACGUGCAGCCCUGCUCCGCGGACGGCCUCUCGUUCCGGCAGAUGCAGUGCAGCGAAUUCGACACGGUGCCCUACCGCAGCGGGCUACACAAGUGGGCGCCGCUGUUUGGCACAGCAAACUCGUGUGAGCUGCACUGUCGACCUAUGGUGGGAUAUUUUUCCGAGAAGAUGCUGGAUGCCGUGAUUGAUGGAACCCCCUGCUACGAAGGCAAUGCGAGCCGGGACGUUUGCAUUGAUGGCAUCUGCAAGAACGUAGGAUGUGACUACGAGAUCGACUCCAACGCCAUGGAGGACCGCUGUGGAGUCUGCCAGGGUAACGGUUCCUCCUGUGAGACUGUCAAGAUGACCUAUGAAGAGACGGAGGGGCUCGGCUACGUGGACGUGGGCCUCAUCCCCGAGGGGGCCCGUGACAUCCGAGUGGAGGAGGUAGCGGAGGCCAGCAACUUCCUGGCACUGCGGAGCGAGGAUCCCGCGCGCUACUUCCUCAACGGGGACUGGGUCAUCCAGUGGAAUGGAGACUACAAGGCAGCGGGCACCACCUUCACGUACGCACGCAGCGGCAACCUCGAGAACCUCACCGCGCCGGGCCCCACCAUGGAGCCCGUCUGGAUACAGCUGCUUUUCCAGGAGAAGAAUCCAGGCAUUCGCUACGAGUACACCAUCAGGAAAGACACCGACUCCGACAACGACAUUGCUCCUCCUGAGCUCUUCUGGCACUACAUGCCGUGGUCUAAGUGCACAGUGACGUGUGGAGCAGGUGUGCAGCGGCAGACAGUGAGCUGCCUAGAGAGGACGGCUGGCAUCGUGGAGGAGAAAUUCUGCAAUUCCACAACACGACCGGACGAUCGCCAACGUGCGUGCAACGAGCAGGACUGCCCCUCCCGGUGGUGGGCAGGAGACUGGCAGAAGUGCUCCGCCACGUGUGGACGUAAUGGCACGGCGCAUCGCACAGUCCUGUGCUUGCGCAGCAUCGGGCCGGAUGCACAGAAGGCUCUCCCCAACUCCGAGUGCCAACAUCUGCCCAAGCCCAAGCUGCAGAGCUCCUGCAACCAGCACGUGCCGUGUCCCUCGCGAUGGGUGGUCGGCAACUGGACUGAGUGCUCGGUGACGUGCGGUGGUGGAGGUGGGAAGAGGACGCGCUCGGUGGAGUGCGGUGACGACGCUGGCGCCACCUGUGACCGUGACACGAGACCGUCCUCCGAGCGUGCCUGCAGCACGUCGGCGGCCUGCUCUAUUGGCGGAAAUGAGGCAAACUCCGGCGGUCCCCUGAAAAAGCAAAACAGCAGCUUCCUGGGCAAGCAAUUUGACGGCCUCGCUAAUCGCGGAUUGGAAGGCGGCCAGCUGCCCAUUACGCAAGGGACUGUGCCUUCCUUUGUUGCACCCCAAGUCUUUCCAUCUAAUAAUGUGUCAUCAGGUAAUGGUGACUAUUAUGUGCAGCCCACUACAGAAUCCAUAGAAAAUAGUGUCCCAAACAGCCAAGCCACACAUCCCACAGUGGGCAGUUUGUAUGAUGACUAUAAUUUUAUUGGUUUCCAGGAAGAUCUCCUCUAUGAUGCUGAUACUAAUGACCCGAUAAUCAAUGGCAGCAAAUUACCUCUUGUCUAUGACGAUGAGUUACUCAGGUCAUCCAACCAACCACUCGGGGGGGAGACCACAACUACUUCAGCUACAUUUGCACAUUCACCAGCCCAUGUGGGACAAAAAUGGCCGUCUUCAGAAUCUAAUGAAUUAAACCCGACUGGCAAUCCAAGCACGGUCACAGGAGGGUCAGUAGUAAAUGUUGAAAAACUGCCCAACAAUGCAUCAUCUUCCAAAAGUCAAAACAAGCAGUCAAGGAAUAAGAGUGGCCACAAGAAGACAAAAACUCCCCUCGGGGCAUCUGUGGCUCCCAGUGCGACGACCGCAACGUCGACGUCACUGGACACUUCGCUGCCACCCAACGGCAGUCGCUUUUCCCAUCCGACUUCUUCUUCUUUCCCAACUCAGCCUCACAUUGAAAUCACUGUGUCAGGAGCAAAGAACAUGGUCCACCCUGCUCAAGAUCGAGAUCUCCGCUGGGUGGUCGGCAACUGGAGUGAGUGCUCAGUCACGUGCGGCCUGGGGUCCAUGUGGCGCCGGGUGGAGUGCAGCGCAGGGAAACCGUCGCUGUGCACGGCCACGAAGAGGCCCGCCCCAACCCGGCGCUGUCACGUACAGCCCUGCGCCACCUGGAUCGUCGGCGAGUGGACCAAGUGCUUGGAGGGCUGCGGAGGAGAGCGGCGGACGCGCAAGGUGCUCUGCGUGGACAAGCAGGACGGACGAACCUUGCGACCCUCCCACUGCCAGUCCCUGCUGUCCCAACCGCCCGACUCCAUGUCCUGCAACACCCCGCCGUGCCUUGCCUGGGACGCUGGACAAUGGGGUCCCUGCUCACGUGCGUGUGGGGGAGGGACGCAGCGGCGCCCCGUUCUUUGCCCCAAGCCGGGACGAUGCUACAAGAAAAUGAAACCUGACAGCAGCCGCGCUUGCAACCUGCAGGCCUGCGCCGAAUGGCUGAGCGGACCAUGGGGCGAGUGUUCGGCAGCCUGUGGGGGAGGCGUUCAGAGGCGGCUCGUGAAAUGCGUAAAUGCCACAACGCGCAGAGCAGAGGACAACACGACCCUGUGUGAGCACGUGCCACGGCCGGACAAUGCUCAGAAAUGCAAUAUCCAUGAGUGUGAGACUCAUGACCCAAAGCACACGUGCGAGAAGGAUCGAAUGUCGUUUACAUUCUGCCGGCGUCUCAAGCUGCUGGGCCGAUGUCAAGUGGCAACCGUGAGGCUCCAGUGCUGCCUCAUGUGUCACCGAGACGUUCAACGCAGCCGCCCGAGGGGCAACGAACACGUCUCCAAAUAACGACCAAGGCGGCAUCUGUCAAAACCUGUGCUGUCCAUUUUAGUUUCCUCCAGUCCGGCGAGGCUGAUCAAGGGUCACAUUAACACCACCGUUCGUUCCCUUGGCCCUGUCGAAAUGGCUGUGGAUGAGUGAUGAACAACUCAAGGACGCCGACAGCAGUAAAGGGUAAAAUAAGUCCGUUCAUAUUCUUAGUUUUUUCGGUAAAGUCACGUUGAAGAGAAACAACAAAAUAAUUAAAAAAAAUGCGCCGUUUAAAAAUAAAUUUAUGCAAACCAACACACCUGAAGAUGACCGUUUGAGUUAU